AAUUUUGGGAUGUAGGAGAAAGAGCAUUCCAAGCAGAAAGACAUAUAAUAUUACAAAGUGAAAAAAUUAACUUUGAAAAACUAGCCAACAUCAAAGUACUCAAAGUGAAUAAUGCAAAAUUUACUAAAAAAAAACAAUCUCAAAAGAAAGUCUCAAUAAAAAACAUUGAUACUUUACAAAGAAAUGAAGAAGAAAGUAAAGAAGAAUACUAUUCAGAAUCUGAAGAAAAAACUGAAAAAUCAGAUAAUGAAGAAGUUAUAACUGCAAAUAAUCUUUAUAAAACCAUUCAAAAGAAAGUUAAUUCUUUUGAAUAG